CACAUUUUGCUUUGCUUUUGCUAUACUUGAUUAGCAUACUAGUCCGCACAAGUGUUGGUAAACAUUGCAAGACAUGGCAGCUGUGAAGCUCGACGAGGCGCAAUUCUGGCAGUCCAUAGCAAUAUUAAUAAAAAACUAUCAUGCGUUGAAUAAAAAAAUAUUCGAGGUGCUUAUAACACAGGUGCAAAAGUUGCAGCAGGGUAAACUAUAUGAAUCCAACGAGGCUGAGCUGGAGCAGCAGCUGCGAACCAAUGCUAAUGAGAGAACGUGUGAGGGUUUUAGGAUUGGCUACAAGAUGCUGACCAAAAAGUUGGCCACAAAUAUUUUGGCCAAUGGAACUGUGGAUUUUGGCACGCAAAGCUAUGAAUGCCAUUUCCUACGGGAUGCCGGUUUCGAUGAUUUCUCCGUUAAUUUAAUUGGUGACCAGCUGGAAGCCGUUACUCUGCCGCAUCGAGUGGAAUUGGACAGCGAGCAAAGCUCUCGCUGGGCGGAGUUUGUGCUUAAGCCUAAGCUAUACAACUGGUCACAGGGCAAGCGGGACGAAAGCGCACAGAAAUCGUUGCAUUUAUUGGAUGUAGAAAUGUACAGCGAACUGUACAAAAAACUCAAGCAAAAGCACGCGCAGCGUCUGCUGCAGUGCUGGCAAACGGCAAACGAAUCGACAGAUCCGUUAAAGUUUAUAUAUGAGGAUUUAGCCAUUGCCGCAUACCUAAUCACCCUAUGGAACUGCACACAAUCGCAGCCUACAGCAUUUGCCGACUUGGGCUGUGGCAAUGGGCUGCUCGUCCAUGUGCUCAAUGCGGAGGGCUACAAGGGAUACGGCUACGAUGUACGCAGGCGUAAACUGUGGUCACUUUACCCGGCGCAAACGAAUGCGAGUCUCAUCGAGCAAACUGUGGAGCCAAAUAGCUUUUCAUUGGAUUAUCCGGACAUUGACUGGCUAAUAGGCAAUCAUUCUGAUGAGUUGUCACCCUGGUUGCCAGUGUUGGCGGCUCGCUUGAAAACCAGCUUUUUUCUGCUGCCGUGCUGCCCGUUUGAGCUUUCCGGCGUUAAGUUUCAGCGGCGCAACACUAGCAUCAGCGCUUAUCAGGAUUUUCUGAUAUAUGCACGACAAAUCUCGGAUAAGUGUGGCUUUGAAACGCUGCAGGAUCGGCUGAAGAUACCAAGCACCAAACGCAUAGCCUUAAUUGGCUUAAAGCACACAACAAAAGCGUCCCAGUGCCUGGAACAUUUUGUGCAGCAAGAGCUGCAAAAGCACAAAGCGGGCGUCGAAAGCGCGGCGAAUUCAGUAAAGCUGCGCGAGAAAGCAGAGAGCGUGAGAAAUUGCACGCAAGUGGAAAAGAGCAUAAUUGACUCAUUAGUUUUGAAAAUCUUUUGCAUGUUGUUGGCCAAUGCAAAUACAACCAGCAAUCCUAUGGAUAACGAUUGGCUGCCAGGACAACAGUUGACAAUGCGUGACAUAGCACAGGGCCUCACCAAAGCGGAGCUUAGCGGCAUCAAGUCCGAGUGCGGCGGUAUUAAAACACUGCUGCGAAAUAAGCACGAAGUAUUUGAGUUUUGCGGCGAAGAUCGUAUUCGCAUACGUAAGCCCAAAGCUGUUGCGGCGACUGAAAGCACUGGAAAGCAGGUAACGACUAAGAAACGACCCUGUUUCUUUAAGCUACACCAUCCUCAGGGCUGUCCGUUAAAAGAUAGCGAGUGCUCCUUUAUACAUUAAUUGUAAACAUUCGUCAUUAAAACUAAAUUUAAAAAAAUCAUGUGUAAUUUCAAACCAUUUAUUAAUACAGUGGAUGAUUGCCAAUUCAAAGGCUUGAGUUAGUAAUAUUUAUUCGCGAAAGAUAUGGAAAUUUGGAGUUAUUUUUUGAUAAAAAUCAGCAAAAAUAAUUGUAAUGUAUGUAUUAUAUUUGGAUUUUAAUGCUAACUGUAUUCCAAUUAAAUAGAGUUGUCGAAAAUAAUACAAUUAUACAAUAGGAAAGCCCAAUUGAAUUAAAGAUUAACAUAAGAACGACAUCCCAAUGGCAAAAUUAUUAUAUCUUGUCUUGCUCAGUUUGGGUAUUGGAUUUUCGGAAUCCCAAAGAUAAUUAUAUAUAACAUAUUUACGAGCUUUUAUAACAUAGAAUCUUCUUAGGGUUUAGUUUUGUAAUUUAAUAUAUUUUGUUUCUACUUUUAAAUAAUUGUUUCGGAUAUAAAUUUUAAUUCAAA